AUGGCAAGACUGAACGAAGUACCAAUGUCAACAGAUAGCAUAGAAACGCUGAGGAAGAAGUUCCUGCGGCAGAAUCGAGAUAUCGCGCGAGUCAAUUCGGCGCAAUCAUUGCGCAUCCGGUCGCUCGAGAGCGAAUGCGGCCGUCUCCUCUCGGACAACCUUACCCUGAAUGGACGCAUACUGGAGCUCGAACGCGACCUCGAGGAGUGCCGGGAAGCACAGCGAAUCGCAGACCAUGCCCUUGAGAUCAAAGCUAGGAUGGAGGCUCAGCUCGAGGAGUGGAGCGCAAUGCUCGGGGGGCUGGGGGUGGAGCGCGCAGCCAAGAGACACGCGCGCUCUUCUCCCGGGGGCACAACGGUAGCAAGAAAGCGGACAAGCAUGGACCGCAGCCCUGCAGCGAAGCAGCGGCCACGAGAUUCGAGGAGCAGCGCCGACAUGGCUGCUCUGCAUGAGGGGAGGCUGCCGCCCAUCCAGGAAAACACUACGUAUCCACGCCGGACAAUGAACCACAAUGAAAUACUGGCAAUCUGCACCGAGGCCGAGAAUUCGAAAGAUUCGCCAGACCUCGGGCCACCUCCUACUUCGCGCUUCGUCGAGGAACCAGUCAAAGUCGACAGCCCUAGCAGGUCGACUGGCACCUCACAGCCUAGUCCCAAACUCAAGAUUCAAGCACUCCUCCCGUCCAGCUCCCCUUCGAGACCAGACAUGGAACCGACGAAGCAGCCCAGCGUGACCUUGGAAGCAAGCCCACCGCGAGAUGACCCGAGGCCAAUCAAGGCAGCCCACCCAUCAAUUCAUCCUUCCGUUAAAGCAGGCUCCAAGAGAAAAUUCGGCGAUGAGAACGACGAAAGUCAAGUAUCUAGGGCCUUCCCAACCGCGGAAAAGUCCGGCAGCAAGCACGUCAUCGAAAAGCCACUGAUCGUGAGGGAUUUGAAGGAUCGCAGCGGUGCAAAGGACUUGUCAAGCAGGCCUGACGAGAAGAAGCCCGAGACUACAGAUCCUACCAAGAAACGACCCAGGCAGCCUCUUGCAGACAAGAGCAGGAACGACGGCAUGACUUCACCGAAGAAGCUUCCCAAAUCUGCGACAACGGGAGAUCUGAUGAAGGCCAUGUCGGACCAAACUAGGGAGGUCGCACUGAAGGCUGCGCCGUUGAAGAAGAAGAGGGUUGUUCCAAUCAAGCUGCCAUCACUGCCACCACCGGGGCCAUCGGCGGCGAAACAGCCAGUAGAGCCAGAGACCCCGUCAGCAGACCCUGGUCUCGUAUUCCCAGACACCCCGGAAACCAAAUCCACAAGCGAGAAGCCCAGAGAUACGCCUCCGCCAGCAGACAUUAGCUCUCACGGAGAGACUUCACGGCCCAGCAGGAGGGUGAGAGCGUCUGUUAGCUAUGCAGAACCAAAUCUCAGGGAUAAGAUGCGCCGACCGACAAAAGAGAUGUUGGACGCAGUGUCCGGAGAGGGCAAAUACAAGCGCACCAGCUCAGUUAACCACGUCACUUCGGUGUCGGCUUUGAAACCCGCGGCCGAUAUCCAAACCACGCAUUCAGCGUCGACGACCCAGCUCCCGGCAGCCGAAGCAGCCAUGGAGAAUGAGGCAGCCCGCCGGCCUCCAGUCAUGAGCCCGUUGUCGCAGAAGGACUCGAUGAAAGAAGCACCGCCAGCGGCACAGGGAGGUCAGGUCACGACCGAGCGAAGAAGACGGCCAUCGUCUAGGCAGAGCCAACUGUUCGAAAGUCUUGUCAAGGCAGAAGACGACCAAGACGAAGAAUGCGGCGCCGACCACGUAAUCGAUCCAUACGAAUUUCGAGACGAAUCCACCAUGAUCGAACAGCCCAAAGAGACCUUUCAGAAGGGCAGAGGCAGCAAGGGGACAAGGCGGUCAACAGUGGCCAAGAACAUAGGCGCCGACGAUCAAUCGGCGUCAGGGGCAGACAACAGGAAGCCUUCUCGAAAACGGGCGUCGAUGGCUGCUCCUAAAAAGCCAUCAAUGCUUGAUGAUGAACAGGACGAGGACUCUUCGUACGACGCUUGCCUGGAACCAGCGAGGGACAUUUCGACGUCGCUACUCCAGGACAAGGCGUCGAGGCGUAGAAGCAUGAUGCUGUAA